AUGUGGAACUGGCAACGUGCUAUCGUGGUAAUUGUGGUGAUCGUUCCCUGCCUCAUCGCGGGUGCUGAAUUGGCCACUCGCGACUGGUGGCAAAAGGCGGCCUUCUACCAGAUCUACCCUCGAUCGUUCAUGGAUAGCGAUGGAGACGGUGUCGGCGAUCUGAAUGGGAUCACCUCCAAGCUACCGUACCUAAAGUCCAUCGGGGUUAAAGCGUUUUGGAUGUCCCCAAUCUACAAAUCGCCGAUGGUGGACUUUGGCUACGAUAUAUCCGACUUCCGGGACAUUCACGAGGAGUUUGGCACGAUGGCGGACUUCGAUCGGUUGGUGGAGCAGGCGAAAGCGUUGGACCUGAAGGUGAUCAUGGACUUUGUACCGAACCAUUCGAGCAACAAGCACGAGUGGUUCAUCAAGUCGGAAAAUCGAGUGGCAGGUUACGAAGAUUACUACGUGUGGCACGAUGGAAAGACAAACCCGGCCGGUGGAAGAAACCUUCCACCUAAUAAUUGGAUUCAAGCAUUCCGUGGAAGUGCAUGGGAAUGGAGCGAAACACGGCAGCAGUACUAUCUCCAUCAGUUUACCGUCGAACAACCGGAUCUGAACUAUCGCAAUCCGACGGUGGUGCAGGAAAUGAAAGAUAUCCUUACCUUCUGGCUGGAUAAGGGUGUCGAUGGGUUCCGCAUCGAUGCUGUUCCAACGCUCUACGAAGACGAGGAACUGCGGGACGAGCCACCGAGUGGACUGACGGAGGACACCGAGGAUACCACCUAUCUGAGCCAUGUUUACACCCAAGAUUUGCCCGAAACGGUGGAGAUGGUUUAUCAGUGGAGAGUACUGGUCGAUGCGUACCAGACCGAGCUAGGCGGAGACACCCGACUGAUGAUGACCGAGGCCUACUCAUCCCUGGAUGUCCUCAAGACGUACUACCAAAGCACCACCGGGGAGCUGGGGUCGCAUAUGCCAUUCAACUUUCGAAUCAUUACCGAGCUGAACGCACAAUCGGUAGCAUCCGAUUACGUCAAAGUGGUUGAAGAUUGGAUGAACAUACUUCCGGCUGGGCAAGUUCCGAACUGGGUGAUGGGCAACCACGAUCGAUCGCGUGUGGGCAGUCGGAUGGGUGUGAAUCGGAUCGACGCAUUGAAUAUGAUACUGCUUAGUCUAUCGGGGGCGAGUGUUACUUACCAAGGCGAAGAGAUCGGCAUGACGGAUGUGGAGAUAUCGUGGAAGGACACGGUCGAUCCAGCCGCCUGCAACGCUGGGGAGGAACUGUACGCAGGGAAAUCAAGGGACCCCUGCCGGACGCCAUUCCAAUGGGAUAGUACAUCGAUGGCGGGAUUCACUAACGGGUCGAAGACAUGGCUCCCGGUAGGACCGCUGUAUCAGGAAGUAAACGUUCAGGUACAGGAGGAAGCCGAGAAGAGUCAUUUGAAAGUGUACCGGGCGAUGACGGAGCUGAGGAAGACGAAAACAUUCCAAUUGGGUUCUGUAAAGGCCGUGGCUCUGAAGGACACCGUUCUAGCCGUCGUACGUGAGCUCGCAAACUAUAAUACUUACAUCACACUGGCUAAUCUUGGCGAUCAGCUAGAGGUGAUCAGUGCUGCCGCGUUGGCGGAUUCCCUUCCCAGCAAACUAUAUUUCGACGUCGUCAGUGUUGGGUCACACAACAUUCGAGGCUCCGCCGUGGCAACGAAAGACAUCGUACUGCUGCCAAAUGAAGCAUUCGUCCUGAAAGCACACGUUGCACCGUUCGAAAAACUUUAUUCCUCCAUUUGUGAUGUAUGGCUACAAUGAUGAGUAAAUAAA